AUGCCAAAUGCCAUACCAUUUUCGGGUUUAGCCUCCGGUGUCCAUGAUUUUACUACAACAGAUGGGAAAAACAUCGAGGUAUUCUAUGACAUGGACACUAAAGACGGACCGUGGAUUGUGAUACAGAGACGAACAAGCGAUGAUGUUGUUUUCCAUCGCAACUGGACAGAUUACAAAAACGGUUUUGGGGAUCUACUUGGAAAUUUCUGGAUUGAACGUCUUAAAUUCCACUUCUCUGUAUCAAAAGGCAAUGACAACCUUCAUCUCCUAACAACCACUUCGAUGAUCCUACGUGUGGAACUAGAGGCUUGGGAUGGGACGAAAGGUUAUGCCCAGUACUCGGAAUUCCAGGUGGCAAAUGAAGCUCAGAAUUACAGACUUUCCGUGCGGGGGUUCUCCGGCAACGUUUCCUAUGAUGCCUUGUCCUUCCAUGAUGGUUAUGAUUUCACGUCAUUUGACAGAGACAACGACAUCCAUGAAGGUGGAAAUUGUGCCCAAGGAUAUCAUGGCAGUUGGUGGUUCUCCGACUGUUUUACUUGUAAUCUGAACGGGCUUUACGUUACAGACAAUGGAGAAGUGAAUACCACAGCCAUAAUCUGGCGGAACUUUCCUGAUCAGAUGUCGUUAGCUACACCAUUGAAGAAAUCCAAAAUGAUGAUUCGAUAGAUAAACAUUGACGUUGGAUUUACAAAAACCUUUU